AUGUCUUCCUCCUCUCUGCCAAUUGCCGUUGACCCUGUAGCCUUAGUGACCACAGAAUGUAUUACGGUCACGUCGGCCAUGCGGAAACAUGCCCGUUGGGCACACUCGUCCGUUGCGGCCAUUCUCGGCAGCAGUACUGUUUCUCGAGUCUAUGACCGUGAUUUGUCUCCUUCUUCCAGUCCGCUCAAUGGGGCUACACCUACCCGCUCUAGGUCGAGGCUCUCCGCGGACGAUGAUCACGCCCUCGCGAAUCGGUGGGGUCUGAGGGGGAAGAGAGGCAAGAGUAUACAGGAUAACCCUCUGAUAUCCGCCUUCACUCGGUUACGGAAUGACCUCAAGGACUGCAAAGAUAUCAAGACCUUUGACGCCCCAGCGUUAUUACACCCGUUCCUCCAGGUCGUUCGCUCCUCUUCGACGUCCGCCGCAAUCACCUCUCUUGCUUUGCUCGCCUUGACCAAGUUCUUCUCCUACAAGAUCAUCGACCGUAACUCUCCGAGGAUCUCGAUGGCUAUGCAGCUGCUAUCUGCAGCAAUCACCCACUGCCGGUUCGAAGCCAGUGAUUCCGCCGCCGAUGAGAUUGUCUUGUUGAGGAUCCUGAAAUUGAUGGAGGGCAUGCUGGCGGGGCCGGAGGGCGAACUCCUGGGAGAUGAGAGUGUCUGUGAGAUGAUGGAAACGGGGCUGAGCAUGUGUUGUCAGGUCCGUCUCUCGGAAGUGCUGCGGAGGUCUGCCGAGAUAGCCAUGGUCAAUAUGUGCCAGGUCAUAUUCAUGCGCCUGUCCGUGUUGGAUGCCACUUCAACAACUGCAGACGACGAGACUUCACCACAGGAACGUCCAGACGACGCCGAACAAACAAACUUGAAAAUGGACCCUUCUGUGGACGGAACCACAGUCGCUUCUCAGCACCCCUCGGCUAUGGGCUCUGACACCGCGGUCACGGAUCGUGAUCACGCCAGCUACGAUAGUUCGACUGAUCAACCACUGAAUGGAAACGCAGUCGCUGCCCCACCGAACCCUGAAGAUGACCUGGGCGAGGAAGUCAGCCCUUACUCUUUGGCUUCCAUCCGAGAGCUGUUCCGCGUGCUCAUCGACCUUCUAGACCCAGAAAAUCGACAACACACGGACCCCAUGCGAGUAAUGGCCUUGAGGAUAAUUGACGUGGCGUUGGAAGUUGCAGGACCUUCGAUUGCAAGACAUCCGAGCCUAGCAUCCUUGGCUCAAAACGACCUUUGCCGUCACCUCUUCCAACUUGUCCGCUCUGAGAACCUGGCUAUUCUCACCAGCUCUCUCAGAGUAGCUGGUACGCUGAUUUUAACCUGUCGUUCCGUAUUGAAACUCCAACAAGAGCUCUAUCUCUCCUACCUAGUCGCGUGUCUUCACCCACGGGUAGAAAUACCCCGGGAACCGGGCAUUGAUCCUACCCUUUACGAAGGAGUCCCACAGGCGCCUAAAUUGGUGAAGCCCCCUCCCUCGCAGAGUAGCAGCGGGCGGUCAACCCCAGUGCCAGUGAAAGAUCGACAGAAGCUGGGACUGGAAGGGGGCUCCAGGAAGCCAGAAACCCGAGAAGCAAUGGUAGAGAGCAUUGGCGUACUGGCACGUAUUCCCAGCUUCAUGGUCGAACUAUUCGUCAACUACGACUGCGAGGUUGAUCGAGCUGAUCUAUGUGAAGACAUGAUCGGAUUACUGUCCCGGAGUGCAUUUCCUGAUUCAGCGACAUGGAGCACCACUAACGUUCCUCCCCUGUGUCUGGAUGCCCUUCUGAGUUAUGUUCAAUCUAUAUACGACAGGCUUGAUGAGCCACCUGUAACAGAGGGCUUUCCGUCAAAUGAACGUCUGCGGAAGCAACGAGACACGAAGCGUAUUAUUGUACAUGCAGCUCAGAAGUUCAACAGCGACGACCCUAAAGGCGCAAUUGCUUAUUUGACGUCCCAUGGUGUCAUUGAGAAUCCCGACGAUCCUGUUCAGGUCGCCAGAUUUUUGAGGGGAACCACACGACUGUCAAAGAAAGUUCUUGGAGAAUUCAUAUCGAAACGAUCCAACGAGGGCCUUCUCAAUGCAUUUGUCGAUCUGCUUGAUUUCUCCGGCAAGUCGGUAGUUGAUGGGCUUCGAGAUUUACUUGGUGCGUUCCGACUUCCCGGCGAGUCAGCUUUAAUUGAGCGGAUUGUUACUACAUUCAGUGAAAAGUAUAUCGAGAAGGCCCAGCCUUCUGAGGUUGCUGACAAGGACUCGCUGUUUGUCCUGACUUAUGCUAUUAUUAUGCUGAACACCACUCUUUACAAUCCUAACAUGAAAGCUCAGAGUCGAAUGUCUUGUGCCGACUUCUCGAAAAACCUAAGGGGUUUGAAUGCAGGCCAGGACUUUGCCCCCGAGUUCUUAGAGAAGAUUUAUGAUUCUAUUAAACAAAACGAAAUCAUACUACCAGACGAACAUGAUAAUAAGCACGCAUUCGAUUAUGCGUGGAGGGAGUUGCUGUCAAAGUCAGCUUCCGCCGGAGAGUUAGUCGUUGGUCAAACCAACGUCUUCGACGCAGACAUGUUCGCGGCUACCUGGAAACCUGUAGUCGCCACAUUAUCUUACGUCUUCAUGUCUGCCUCAGAUGAUGCGGUGUAUUCUCGCGUGGUCAUGGGAUUUGACCAAUGUGCUCAAAUAGUUGCCCGCUAUGGGUUGACAGAGGCGUUCGACCGCAUCAUUUUUUCCCUUGCCUCCAUCAGCACUCUUGCUACCGAUAGCCCCCCUAGCACGGCUCUCAAUACCGAAGUACAGGCUGGGAAGAAGAGUGUUAUGGUCAGCGAACUGGCCGUAAAAUUCGGGCGAGAUUUCAGGGCGCAAUUGGCCACGGUUGUCCUCUUUCGUGUUUUGGCGAAUAACGAGAACUCGGUCCAGCAGAGCUGGACCCAUAUCAUCCAGAUCCUUCGGAACCUAUUCAUCAACUCCCUUAUUCCGCCCUUUGAUUCUACUUUGACCGCUGAAUUCGACAUCCCUCCUAUUCCUUUGCAGCCGCCUUCACAGGUUGUGGACCGAGACGGGCGAGGCAAUGAUACCGGCCUACUAUCCGCGUUUACGUCUUACCUUUCUAGCUACGCUGCGGAUGAUCCUCCAGAACCUUCAGAUGAAGAGCUCGAUAAUACACUUUGCACUGUAGAUUGUGUCAGCGCUUGUUCAAUCAAUGACCUCCUUUCAAAUAUCAGAUCUCUCCCCUUACCAACAGUGACGAGGAUCGUAGAAUCAUUAUUGGCUCAGCUGCCUGAAGAAAGUGCACCAGCGGUCAUUGUUGUCAAGCCCGAACGGCCACUUCCAUCCACGAGAGCGAGUGCCAGACCAGACACUAGUCGGGGCCAAUACGAACCCGGGAUGAUGUACCUUCUGGAAUUGGCAGCCAUUCUUACGCUUCGCGACCGACAAACGAUUGAGAGUCUUGGUGAGGGACUUUUGGCUUCUCUACAAGGUUUCAUUCGAGAUGCUAGGAACCUUCACUCCCUGGCGUUAUCUCGGGUGACGACUUACCUACUGAACCUGCUACGGUUGAGCCACGUAUUGCCCCUUGACUCGCUCAACGAUACUCUAGAGAGUGUCGCGGUGCCUAUUGUCAAGGGCCUUUCACGAUGUGUUCAUGACGGCAGUCUUUUGCGAAAUGAGAUCACCGUUUCACCUGACUUCUGGUCCAUCCUACAACGCGUGCAUCAGCACAAAGAAGCCGCGCCCCUGGUCUUCAGUCUUCUUAAGGCAGUUAUUGAUUCAAACCCUCCCAUUGUAACAGCUGACAACUACGAGUCUGCCGUGAGCCUUGCAAAUGAGUUUAUCACUGCGGGUAGUGUAGGUUAUAUUGAAGAACGGCAUCGAGACGCGAUUGUGCGACGUUCAAAGGGUGUCAAGCAACCAAGGCAAAGCGAAAAUGAGGUCGUCUUACGCGGCGUGACCGCUAUCGGGCUUAUAUACCAUCUUACUAGUCGGGCUCCGAUUCUGAUCAAACAGUCACAUCUAGAGGACGGUGAAGCUUGGUCAGCAUAUUGGUCGCCGAUCUUCCAUUCCCUUACUUCGCAAUGUAUCAACCCUUGUCGAGACAUACGACAUCACGCCAUAUCGACUUUACAACGAUCCCUUCUAUCAGUGGACAUUGACACCGACAAAGAAUGGACAGCUAUCUUUGAUCAGGUUCUUUUCCCCCUAAUUCUACGAUUGUUGAAGCCCGAAGUCUUCCAUUCAGACCCUCUCGGAAUGGGCGAAACCCGAGUUCAAGCAGCGACUCUCGUCUGCAAGAUCUUCCUGCGUUAUCUCGAUCAGCUCCCCAACGCAAGUGGCAUGCUAGAACUGUGGCUCAAGAUUCUUGAUAUCCUUGACCGAAUGAUGAACAGCGGUCAGGGAGACAGCCUUGAGGAAGCCAUCCCGGAAAGCAUAAAAAAUAUCAUCUUGGUCAUGGCGGAUCAAGGCCACCUUGUCCCACCCCACCAAGACUCUAGCAAGGAAAACAUCUGGACCGAAACAAAGAAACGCCUAGAGCGAUUUUUGCCAGACCUUUUCGAGGAGGUCUUCCCCAACGUGCCCGCACCUAAAGAGAACCUACCAGUCACGUCCCCAAAGUCUGAUUCUCCACCACACGGUAUCGUUCCAACCUCUGAGCAUACCGCCGACGAAAAGGAGAACCAGGCGCUUGUUCCUGAAACUUCAAAAGCUGAAGGUCAAGAUACUCCUGAAAGGGAGUGA